AUGUACAGGAAAGCAGUAUGGGAAGAAGGUAAUCAGAGCUACCAAGGAGAAUUCAUUUUAUUGGGAGUGGCUGACCAUCCACGCUUGGAGAUGUUGCUCUUUGCCAUUAUCCUGCCCUGCUACAUGAUGGCCUUGCUGGGCAACACAACCAUCAUUGUGGUGUUGCGGCUGGACCCCCGUCUCCACACCCCCAUGUAUUUCUUCCUCAGCAACCUCUCCUUCCUUGAUCUUUGCUUCACCACCAGUGUGGGCCCUCAGAUCCUGGUAAACUUCUGGAGGAAAAGCAAGACCAUCAGUUACGGUGCCUGCGUGGCUCAGCUCUACAUCUUCCAUGCUCUCGGCGCCACAGAAUGUAUUCUUUUGGUUGUCAUGGCCUACGACCGCUAUGCUGCCAUCUGCCACCCGCUGCGCUAUGCUGCCCUUAUGAGCCAAUCCCUAUGCUUCAAAAUGGCUGCCGUCUCCUGGAUUAGUGGCCUUACCACCUCACUGGUGGAGUCAGUGAUGACUCUUCGCCUCCCUUGGUGUGGACAAAACCGGGUGGAUCAUUUCUUCUGUGAGGUGCCAGCCUUAAUCAAAUUGGCCUGUGUUGACACCUCACUGAAUGAGGCUGUGCUCUUUGGUUCCAGUGUAGCGUUCCUUGUAGUACCACUAGGCCUCAUUAUGGUCUCAUACGGCCACAUUGCAGUUGCCACGCUCGCAAUCCACUCAGCUGAGGGCAAGCGAAAGGCUUUAAACACCUGUGCCUCCCAUUUGAUUGUGGUGUCCCUGUUUUUUGGGGCAACCAUAGUCACCUACCUCCAGCCCCCGUCCAACAACGCCCAUGACCAAGCCAAGGUGGCCUCCCUUUUCUAUACAUUUGUCACCACUAUGCUCAAUCCACUAAUUUAUACCCUGAGGAACAAAGAGGUGCACAAAGCUCUAAGAAGACUGACGAAGAGGAAUUAA